AUGGAACAAAAACGAACCAGAAAUCUCUCUAUGAGAACAUCAUUCUUACAUCUACCACCAGAGCUCCGUCUCAAAAUCUACGAAGAAGCACUCGUUUCUCCAAACGAUUACACGGAUAUACCAAUGAUCGUCGUUCAAAAUCGAGGCAAUGUCUUCACCACACGAGGCAGAUAUAGAGCAAUGUCAAUAUGUCCAAGCUGGGAAGGAAACGACGGCACAGCACGCAAACUACUAGGCCUGAAUCACCAAAUCCACGACGAGGCCGAAGACUUCCUCUAUUCAAAGCACACAUUAUUCUUCCGCAAUUCAUUCGACCUCGAUCGAAUAGGUCAGUUCCUCGAUACCCUGAGCAGUACCGCCCGGGAUCAAGUUCGCAGCGUCGGAUUUGAAGUCUUCUUCUUCGUUCACGCCGAAGCAGACGUACCCAAGCGUACAAUGAAAGAAUAUGAACACGCUGGUAAACUUCUCGCGGAGAAACUCCCACGCUGGGAAAGUGUUCUGUUCUAUCUUGAUCCGCGAUUCUAUUACCCCUCCACAUUGGCCGGGGCACCAAAGCAGCUACUCAAGGUGUUCUCGAGCUCGCGACUCGAUUUGCGUCAUUAUGCAAGGAUAUCGCUUUCUCUCCAGUACCGGAUGGUGACCAUCAUCUCCUUAAAGAGGCGCAGCAGAUUGUUUGGCGAAGCAGCUCGCCGAAACGACGUGAUUUAG